AUGAACAAGUCAGCAGCAGCUGCAGCCAGACCUCAUAGUCAGCCAUGCCAAAGAGUAGCCCCUUUCACUAGUGUGCUCACCUUAGUUGUGGCUGGUGAUUGCAGCCAGCCAGACUGGGGGUCACUCUUUCCCACCAGUGUACUCACAGCAGAUGUGGCCCAGUCACAAUGCAAGCAAAGUUAUAAUCUGAGAAGCAUGAGGAAACUGUGCAAGAAGGUAGCAGUGGAACAUCUUGCUUUCUGCUGUGGGCUCAAGUGGCUGGUGUCGAGAUGGGCUGGUGUCAGGAAGGUGGUGCCAGUCUGGACCAGACGCUAUUCUGGACACAAAGUGGCCAUUGUGAAGAACAUUGAUGAUGGCACCUCAGACCAUCCCUACAGCCAUGCCCUGGUGGCUGGAAUUGACUAUCCCUGCAAAGUGACCGCUGCCAUGUGCAAGAAGAAAAUCACCAAAAGGUCAAAGAUCAAGUCUUUUGUGAAAGUUUAUAACUACAGUCACUUCAUGCCCAUAAGGCACUCUGUGGAUAUCCUCUGGUACAAGACUGUGGUCAAGAAGGAUGUCUUCAGAGUCCUUGCUCUUAAAUGCAAGGCCCAACAAGAGGCCAAGAUCAAGUUCAAGGAGAGGUAUAAGAUCAGCAAGAACAAAUGGUCCUUCCAAAAGCUGUGGUUUUAG